AUGGAAUCAGAAUAUAUAGAGUUGGCAAUCGAUCAUUGGUAUAUAGUUUUACCAUCAAUCUUAAUUGUGGCAAUCAUUGUAAAUUUCAUGUGUAAAUCAAAUACCAAGUCAACCAAAAAGAAUAAUAAGAAAAAUAAGAAUGAAGUGAAUGAUCAAUCAAAAGAUAAAAAUGCAUCUACAACAUCAACAACAACAACAUCAUCAAAGAGAAAGAAUGUAAAUGAUAAUAAUAAUAAGAGUACAACAACUACUACUACAACCAAUAAUAAUGUUUCAUCGCCAAGUAUAAUGGGUGAAACAACUAACAAGUUGAUUGAAAAAGUAAUCAAAGCGAUGACAAUUAAUCAUAAUGAGAUAACUGGUUUCUCUGUAUCCGGUGACAAUGUUGCCUAUUGUUGUAAUGAGCGAUUCAUCAAGAUUUUCAACUAUCCAUCGUUCUUUGAUACCUCAAAGCAAAACGCUGUCAAAUCCUAUAAUAUUGCACUGCCGUUUGACUAUGCGAGAAAUAUAGCUUGGCAAGGCAGUGAUAUCUAUGCCACCCUCGAAGACAAACUCAUCUCUUACACAGUCACCAAUGAAAAGACACAAGAUGGAAAGACCUACUUCCAACGUUGGUCAGUGCCACUCCAACACAAAGUUCCAGUAACUUCACUCACCUCAUCGUCACACGCAAACUAUGUGAUCUCAUUAGAUGAUUCAAUUGUUAAACUAUGGAGUACAAAAGGUGAGAUGUUGACAUCGUUUUCAACUGGACAGAUGAAGAAUUAUAUGGCUGCGAUGAGUGGACAUGGAAAGUUCUUUGGUGUCGCCACUUUUGGUUCGGAGCUAAAGAUCUGGGAAGUAUGUUUGAAGCGUGACGGUUCCUAUGAUAAAUGUGUCAAGGCAAUGUUGUUGACUGGCUACAAGAGUAGUAUCUAUUGUUUGUCGUUCGAUCAGGACGACAGUCGUGUUGUGACCGGUGGCAAAGACGGUCAGAUCAAGAUGUGGGAUCUCAAUGUGCGUUACUCCGUAGGUGAAGACGCAAAGCUGCUCUACACACUGGCGAGCGACUUGCCAUCACCACCAACCAUCGUAAGAUUCUCACCGAGUGGACAAUCCUACGUAAUUGGCUGCGGUACACUCCUCCAAUUCCGACAGACAGCAACUGGCAAACUACUUCACCAACUGGAAAUCUCUGCGAUUGCAGCCACCGAAUUCAAAUCAAAUCACAUCAGCUGGGCACAAACCAACAACAACAACGAAGACAGACCAAUAAUUGCAGCCGAUCAUCAUCUUUAUAUGCCAUCGACAAUGACUAAUAAUAAGAGAAGAUAUGAUGAAGAGGAGGAAGAAGAUGUUCAAUACGAUAAUCAAACACAAAAGAAACAAAGAGUACAGAAUAUCACAUCCUCAUCAUCGAACAACAACAAUGAAAGUGAUGAAGAAGAAUCAUCUACCACUACAGACAACAAAGUUUUGUCACCCGAAGAGUGGAGAAGAGAACACAACGUUAAAGUAGAGGGUCACAUCAAACCAGACCCAAUCCAAUUUUUCAAAGAUAUCGAGAUCCCAAAGAUUUUCCAACCAGCAUUCCAAACAUUUACUAAACCCUCGGUUAUCCAAGCACAAGCCUGGCCAAUCGUUUCUACCGGUGCCGACUUGGUCGGUCUGGCCGCUACCGGUUCCGGUAAGACAUUGGCAUUCUUGUUGCCCGCGCUGAUGGAGAUUAUCAAGCAUCCAAAGCGUAAGUACGGAGCUACUCCACUCGCGCUGGUCAUGGCACCAACUCGUGAGCUCGCUCAACAGAUCGAAGAGGUAUGCAAGAACGUCGUCAAGGGAACUGCUAUCCGUCAACUCUGUGUCUACGGAGGUACCGGAAAGGGACUGCAAGUGCGUAGUCUGCGUUCGGGUGUCGACAUUAUCGUUGGUACACCAGGUCGUCUCAACGAUCUGCUCACUCCAAACCACUUGGAAACCGUCAAGUUCCUCGUGCUCGACGAAGCCGAUCGUAUGUUGGACAUGGGUUUCAUGCCACAGAUCGAAAAGAUCAUCAAUCAGGUGCCAAAGGAGCGUCAAACUCUGAUGUUCUCUGCUACAUGGCCACGUGAAGUCGAGUCACUCUCGAAUCGUUUCCUCAACAAGCCGGUUCGUGUCACCGUCGGUAACACUGAAUUGUCGGCCAACAUCAACGUCCACCAACAUAUAGUCGCCACCACUGGCAUGACACGUCCAGACGUCGCCAAGAUGGUCGGUGAACAGAUUCAAGAGAUUCACAAUCAAGACAAAAAGGAUAACUUGAUCAUCGUUUUCUGCAAUCAAAAGCGUAAUUGCGAUCAUUUCAGCGAGUAUCUCUACAACGAGUUCCAAAUGAACAGCGUCGUCAUGCACUCUGGCAAGGAGCAAUACCAACGUGAGCGUGGUCUCGCCAACUUUAAGAGCCAUCGUAUCCCAAUUAUGAUUGCCACUGACGUUGCCGCGCGUGGUCUCGACAUUCCCAACGUAAAGGCUGUCGUCAAUCUCGAUUUCCCAAACAACAUUGAAGAUUACGUUCACAGAAUCGGUCGUACUGGUCGUGCUGGUAAGAAGGGUGAUUCCUACAGUUACGUCAGUCGUGAAGAUAACAACUUGAGAGAUCUCGCCAAGAUCCUCCAACGUGCCAAACAAGAUAUUCCACCUGCCCUCGAAGAUCUACUGCAAUACUCCAAGCAAGGUAUCAAUCGUUACGAUGAUAGACGUGGAGGUCGUAGUUUCGGUCGUGGCGGUGGUCGUGGUGGAGGUCGUAGCUGGGGUAAUAACAACGGUGGUGGUCGUAGCUGGGGAAAUAACAAUAGCAGUGGUGGUGGUCGUAGCUGGGGAAACAACAACGCCGGUGGUGGAAGUGAAGGUGGUAACAAUUGGAAUAACAACAGUGGUGGAAACAGCAACGCUGGUCACUGGGAAAACAACAAGAACAAUGCCGGAAGCUGGAACAAAAAUAGCAACAGCACCGGCGGUGGAAGCUCAUGGGGUAACAAAGGUGGAAACAGUCGUGGUGGAUACGGUGGUGGUGGAAAGAGUUAUUCAGGAGGUGGUGAUUUCAACAAUUCCAACUCAAAUUGGUAA